AUGAUUGAAAAUAAUGAUAAUAUACUUGAAUUUCCUUUACGAUUGAGUAAAAUAUGUUUAUUAAGUAUACGUGAUGAUAAUACAUUUAUUUCACCAAUAGCUAUUGAAGCUGCAUUUCAUGCAUUAUCAUUUAAUAAUAAACGAUUGAAAAAUAAUUUCAAUAAAAAAAUUCCAUUUGAUUUUCAUAAUUAUUUUAUUCUUAAUCAAGAUUCAAUACAAAUAUUUCAUGAAAAUCUUAAUGAAGAAACAAUAAAAUAUUUUAAUACAGAAUUUCAAAUUCAUAAUUUAAAUGAUAUAGAACAAAGAAAAUUUCUUUUAAAUCAAAUUAUAAAACAUUUAACUGAUCAAUCAUUAAUAUCAAUUUUACCAUCACAAAAAAUUCUUGAACAAAUUAUUGUUGAACCAAUGACUUUAUUAUCAUGUUGUUCAUUUGUUUUUCGACCAUUUAAGAUCGAACAUUGGAAACAACUUUGGUCAUUAAAAUUUCAUUCAAACAUUCAUUUAUCAAUUGAAACAGAAUUUUAUUAUACAAAAGGUUUUUUUCAUGUUGCUUUUCAUGAUACAUUUCAUAAAAUUGAAAUACCUGGUCAAGUAUUCAAUGGAAUCCAAAUGAAAUUAAUCAUUUUACUUCCACAAUGUUCAUCUGAUCUUAUUCAUCUUUAUGCUAAUAUAAAAGAAUAUCUUACUUUACCAGUUUCAUCAGCAUAUAUUGCUGUAUGUAUACCAAAUAUAUCCAUGGAUAUUCAUAUUAAUCUUAUCGAAUCAUUGAAAUUUUUUAAUGACUUAUAUAAUAAAAAUCAUUUAGGAGAAUUGAAUCAAGAAAUUCAUUUAUCUGCUGCACAUUCUAUAGGUCAUUUUGCUCUUGAUAUGAGUACAGACAAAAUAAAACAAUCAUCAUCAAAUUGUUUACAUUCAAUUGAUCUUUCACCAACAACUCCAUGGGUAUUCUUUGCUAAUCGUCCAUUUUUAUUUUUAAUUACAUAUGAUGAUUAUUAUUUAUUAAUUGGACAAAUGUUAGGUCCAAAAAUUCGUCAAGAAACAAAGAAAUUUUCUUCAAAAAUAAAACGUUAG